GUAUAAAAGCCAGGGCGAUUUUCUUGUGACAACACAUAGCACCUUAGAAGUCAAAGUGUUAUACGCAAAAUGAUUUUAAAACUCCUUUUACUGUGUUGUGCUGUGGCGGCUGUUCAUGGCGGGGCGCUGAUUUCUCCAGUGUACGGCUCACCUUACAGUUAUGGGGCUUGGAAUCCCUACAGCUCUUAUCCCGCUCAGCCCGCCCUCGCUUCACAACAUUCUAAUACUUAUAGAUCACCAUUCAAUCUAGGACAGAUAUCAACGUAUACGAAAUCGGUAGACACUCCAUUUUCAAGUGUUCGUAAAGCCGACGUGCGUGUGAGCAACCCUGGCCUGGCUGUGGCACCCGCAUACGCCGGUCUAGCUUCACCCCUAGUGUCUCAUGUUGGUUUAGCUGCACCCAUUGCUCCUGUCGCUAAGGUGGCGACCGCUGGACUCUUAGGUGUGGCCUAUUCUCCUGCAACGACUGUUUCUCAUAUGACCUACACUAAUGGACUUGGCCUUGCUUACAGCUGGUAAACAGCUAGGACUUCUAUAUUAAAAUAAUUUAUUGUAUUAUAAAUGCAUUCUAAGUUUCCUCUCUAUUUGUUGCCUCUUAGUUGUUAACAUAAUUUAUUUGCCUACAUUUAAGUACAUACGUAUAUUAAAUAAAUAUUAUAUUAAACAUGA